CAGCUGGCCAGACAACAGCUCCAAGAUGAAAAGUGGCAGCCUGUUGCCCUGGCGGUCAGCUCCGUGGACCAGCGCCUCUUGCUUACAUUGUCCAUGUGUUCGCACACAGCUGCGCCUUUUCGAAUUCUACUAAUCUGUGUUUGAUGUAACGGCAGGUAUUAUUACUGUGCUAGUAUCAUUAUUAUCACUAUUCUUCCUGAAUUAUGCUGGCUGAAUGCCGGCCAGUCAAGCACAUCACUCAGGCAUCGUGCCCAGCAUACCCUCGCCACAGUGGAAACCAUGACACCAAAACCCACUGUUGACCAGGCACGGAUCCGAGACACAUUCCUCGGCCUUCUGGAAUGUUGCCUAAAUUGGCACUCCACACGCCAAUCUUGCCAUUCGAUGGCGAUUGCUGUACUAUCGGCGGAAUUUUUGCAAAGCGUGAUGUGCACGGGACCCCGGGAAGGCUUCGGGCCAUGUUCAUCCAGGUCCGCUUGUGAAAAUAUUCUCCUUCGCCAGGGGCCCAGCCUACGGGCCUACAACAUUGUACAUUUUCAUGGCGCUGACCAAAAGUGGUGUCCAUAGACACGUGUGCGACAACAAUGGUGUAGUUACUCCAUCGUCUUUGCGACAUUUCAUGUAUCAGGAAUGAGGACCACGUACAAUAAUGGACCCGACGGGUCGAACUGCGAGGUAUUUGGCCGGGACAGGCCAUGGCUUGUGUUAUCGGACCUUCUUGUCCUCUACAAAGCCGGUUGCUCGAACACGCCUGUCUCGUGUCUUGGUCAAGUUGGUAAGACCAAGAUCCCAGCCGGCUCGUUCGGCUUGCUCCCGGAUCACGCUCCACUGCUCACGAUUUUCGUGAAGAGCAUCGGCGAGUAAUCGAAAGCAGCGGCGAUGGCGGGUAGUCAAAUACGCCGAUGCUGUCUCAGGAGCAUUAUCUGUCCCUUGGCACUCGUCUACUCUUUCUGAGACGUCUCUGCCUGUAGCCUGGGUGAGAGUCCGCGCUUUCACAUAACAGCGAAGCAUAUGACAUAAGCCUUUGGCUUGUGUGAUUCCGGUUGCUGUGUCCUUCAACAGGACCAAUGCUUCGCCAGUUUCGAUGUCAAACCAGAGCAAGUAAUCCUCGUCGCAGAAUAGUUGGACCAAGUGGCCCACAGUGCUAGCGGGUUGCGACGGUUGAUCCGCUCCGGCAUACACCCUAUGCACCAGGUCCUGUACACUAGAACCAACCUGGAAAUAGCAGGGCUCAAGACCAUAGAUGCCGCGCGAGGCUGCUGGCCAGCCUAAGACGGUCUCUUCCUGUGCGACUUGCUCCAUGUCCAAGGUUCGACCUUCAAGUGCUGCACGAAAGAAGACCAGAGCCCUGUUGGUGUUGAAGGAGUUGAGUCGCACGCUUCUCACAGCUUUCCAGUUGGCCCAGAGAUGGAGAGCCAGGAGCGGGACCAGCCAUGACCACGUCGCAAGAGUGCCAUGGACUUUGCUGACAACCACACCGCCCACCCACAUGCCCAGCAGACUGAUCACGGUCUCCUGACUGCCAUCUUUGGCAUUCAGUUCUCCUAUAUUGCCAGCCUUUGCAAAGUGAGAGCUCAAGAUGGCCUUGCUGCUCCCACCGGCAACCCCGCAUACUGCUCGACACGCGUUGCUCAAACAUAAAGUGACCACCCUGCCCAAUAUUGGCAUCGCAGGGCUCAUGCAAUCGAGAACAAAGGCAACGUCGUUGACUAUAUCAGCAAAGAAUCGGUAGAACUUGACCUCGGCUUCGAUGCGCUGGGAGAACUGAUGAGCGAACAAAAUCGUGGCAACCCGACCGACGGUCUCUUGAGCGAUGUAUAACAACAUGGUGGUCAGGACUGAUGCCUCUUCGGACCCGACGCCCAUCCCGACAAAGACUGCUCUCGAUGCAAGGAGACCUGCAAUCGUGGACGCGAAUGCCUGCAGCGAAUCGUAUAUUUGAUAUGGUGUGUAGUCUGGUGUGACAGUGGAGGGAUAUCCUGCCGGAAGAAAGGGGCUCAUGCACUUGUUCAGUAUUGAAGUUCCUGUCCUCGGAGAGCUGUACGAGGGCGGAAGAGACGUUUGUAGUCUUCCAGUCUCAGGAGAACACCUAAGGACGGCUCUUGGGCGACCAUCGGAUCCCAGCUCCUCUAUUAUUACGGCCUGGGGCGGUAUUUUGGCCAUCACGCUCUAGGAGAGAUAGGCUGCCCGGCUUCUUGUAUGGGUUCCAUGGAGAUUCCCUGCCGUCAGCGUGGGAGGAACGGAUACAGAUCACUUACUUCGUGACCAUGGAUUUCUGCGCGUAAGUGCACAGAUUCAGUCUUUCGAUUCAAAGCAAGUGCGGUGUGCCAUGGUGUAUCAGACGCGUACUGGGUUCAAGUUCAAGGUCGUGGUGGCAGGGAAACAGCACUUCAAGACCAUAAAAUCCGCCAUAGUAUUACGUUCAGGCGCUAACACAUUAACGCCGCAAAUCGUGGCAGCUCAAAGUCCAACGAAACGAGAAGCUGGGGAGGCCAGUCAGCUCUACAAAAGCUUUGGACUACGCUUUCAACCGAAUAGACAGAUGGCCAAAGGUUAGUACUGUAUCUGCGGACGCGGAACAUUUCAUAUAUAAGGGCUGGAGAGGGGGCUUCCGAUCAUGGGCAGCGAUUGCCCACGAAUUAUGCUCUCCCUGUUGAGAGUCCUUCGAGGAUGAACCUGACGAUCAUGUUGGCGUGUCGCGCGAAUCCCCAGUAACCACGAUCCAGGCUAUCCCCUCGUUGCGUCGCAUUGUCAAACCCGAAGAAUCAAGCUCCUGAACGCGUUGGGUUGAAUCAAGCGCCAGUCAUGGCGUUAGUGGAUGCCGAGCAGCAGUUUGCUCCUUCUUGUCGUGGCAGCCUUAUGCUCCUUCCAUGACUGCCAUUUCCCACGAUGAAAGCUUCAAUGCCAUUCAAGUUUUUCAUCAUGUCUCCGGAGCGUGUAUGUAUCAAAGCCCUGGGUGAAGUCCCUCCUCCCUUCUUUUUCCAGCAGAUUCUUCGUGCAGACACAGAGCUUACCAGUGUACAUUUGUUGCCUUUCAUCCAAUUUCAUUUCAUCCCAUUUUCCCGUGUGACGCCGCAGAUAUGCGUGGCAUCAAACAGCUCUUUUCUCCCUUACUAUGCUGUUUUGGCCUUCGUAACCCGGAGGAGCCCCCAGCGUCCGAUCUGCGCAAUCUUAAGCAUCCGGCCUCUGUUCUGUCAGUACAAUUACCUGCCACGACCGUUCCCCAUGCGCCCGGCCCUUCCCCGUCGAAUGUCGCAGAUAAGGAUGCCUUGCGUCAAAUCUUUCGGUCCUCGCCCUCCGUGCGCGGAUAUCGCACCGCAUCCCAAUCCUCAGCCUUGCCCGUCAAGAGACAAUACUCUCUUGAUGUCGACUUCAAGUUUGGGCCUACAGGGCCCGAGCAGAAGCAGCCCGGAAGGUUGGAACAGCUGGGCAGCCAUAUCAGACAGAAGUUGUCGGAGUCAAAAUUAAGCAAAUCCAGCUUGAAACAGCACGUCUCGGGUGAAACUGCUCGCGAAUCGUCUGGCAUGUCCCUGCAACCACUGGGAAUGGACAUUCCGGAAGCUGGUGUAAGCCAACGGUCUACCGGUCUGCUUGAACUCUUGAUGUCCCGCGCAGGAAGUGAGGCCGGGUAUGAUAGUGAUGCCAGAAGUAUACACACGGCUAUGCUCACGGAUGGUGACGCCGCAGUAAAACCCAGCUCCCAGUCGCCAGCUAAAAUCGAGAUAUCCUGUGACGAUUCAGGAUUGGCUGCUGGAAUUGCAGCAGCGGUGGCCCAAGGAGAGCAAGGCGAAGAGCUGGCCACAGACCCGGCCGACACGAACCGCACCACAGACCCCAGCUCCUCGAAGCCGUCAUUCGUCGGAAUUGUGAUGGAGGAAUACAAACGAUCGCCAACCAAGGCCCUGCAGCGGCUCAGCGAAGGACUUGCAACUGGAACUAUCAAAUUACCCGAUGCACCUGACUUACUGGACGGCUCCCAGAAAUGUGCAGAGGAGAAGAUGGAUGAUUUGCCUAAGCGAGAUAGUCAACAGUAUGAUACGGAAUUCAGAAAAGCGCUGAGAAGGCUGGCUGCCACUGUUAGAAAGGCAGAAAGCCUUACUACGCAUGAUGGGAACUUCUGUGACGGCCUGCUCCCGAAUCUGGAUCGCAGCCUAAUCUGCUUCAUCUCAAAAUUCGGCGAACAUGACCUGGAGGACUCCAUUGAGAGAACGUCUUGCAAAGAAGGCAGCGUUGGCCAAGAUCGAGUGCCACGACAAGUUGGAAAAGCUGAACAAGGCUCGGCGAACGCAUCGAUCGCCCCUGAUCAAGGUGGUCUGAAGAGGGACAUGCCAUCACUUGCAGACUCUGACCGAAGCUCGGUGCAUCUCUACAAUAUGAGGAUAUCCCAGCAACUUGCGAGUCCUUCCAUCACAGCAGACGGCUCCAGACCAGAAACAAGCCGCACAAGCAUUGAGCAAUACAAGAUUCAGUCUGCUGAUGCAGGACCAGCUAUUAGUCGGCUAUCGUUGAGCGAACGACAUCCUAGCUGGAUCGCAACUGAGCACAAUCGACGACCGUCGGAUCCCCGUACUCGGCGACUUUUCGAAAAUGGCAUCUCCACGGAAAAGGCCAGUUCCCAAUUGAAGAGUGUGCUCUCUGCUGGUGCGUCCGCUUGUUAUGAACCCGUAAAAGGAGCGGUCACCCGUGAUGACGCCUCUUCCUUCUACUGGAGUGAUGGCGAAGUGAGUAGCGGCAAUAGGAGAACACCAUCCAAUCCAAGACGGAACCCAAACAGCAUCGCAGUGGCCGGAAGAUCAGAUUCCAUGAGUCUGCCUGCGAGGUCAUCCGGUGGCAGCAUAGCGCAUGCCUCGGUUGCCGCAGAGAAUGCGUGGUUUGGACGGAACUCUUCGCAACUGCAACGUCAGGGCGAAGGCAACGAUCGUUUACAGGCCUCUACGCAGAGGCAUCGAAGUGCAAGCAUGCCCACCGGUGACAGGCCACGUCCUUCAACAUCGAUACCUAUCCGAAGGAAGUUGCAGCUCCACUCGACAGAGGACGAUGAGGCCUUAAGUGAGAUUAGCGCAGAGCAGUUACAAGAUGCUAGGAGAGAGCGGCUUACAGAGCUCAGUGUCCAAGCAGUUCAUGACUCGUACAAUGAAAGGAUGAGCGACGUGGGCCCUGCCAUACUAUCCUCUAAGGGGAAUGAAAAACCUGCCUGGCUAGAGUUGGAUCCCUUUUGGUCCACAGAGAGACGGCCUCGUACCAGUUCUGAUCCAUUCCCAAAUAAUGGACGUCGAAGGACAAUAUCUGGCUCUGGGAGGACUCCGCUCAAGGGCAGCGAGAUUUUAUCCCAAGAGACCACCACCGACAUGUGGCGGCGGACGUUGAAACGUGCAAUGGAAGAGCCCAACGAGACAUCGUUGGGUGGGUUUCUUACGGCACCAAAAUUUGAUCGUGAGGGCCGGCGGAGAAGUUCAACAUCUAGCCAUCACAGCGCAACCGCAUGUGAUAGAGACACCACAACGGCAGAGCAGAUGGAUGUUCCAGACACCAGAAUCCUGCAUGUGGACCGCAAGUACCCAGCUUCUGCGGGCGAGGAGAAGACCGAAGACUCGUCCGGCCAACCACGUGGCGUAGGGUUGAAGCGAAGUAUUCCCAAGUUGACCGUUGGGCGACCGGUCAAAAAGAAGUCUUCGGAGAAAGCUGUUCUCAAGAAGAGGAGCAUAUUGGACCUCGGCAAGAGGUUCACAAUCGUCAGCGGGACGAGGCAAGACGAGAGACGUCACGGAGCCGGUACUCAAUUUCGAGAUCUGCUGGGUUUAUGGGGUCGAUUUCCUAGCCACUCGCGAGAUGUGAGGAGUGGUUCUGCUGGCGAAAGAGAUGGUGUUGCAGUCCGUGAUUUUGCUUUGGAGUGCGUUGACGAAAAUGCAGCGCAGGCGAUCUGGAACCGGUCAACCCUGACACUGAGCUUACCUGCCCCACCAUCUUGGAGGCGACUGCCCUUUGGGAGGAAGGGUCGCAUCGACAAAGGGAAAAGCAAGAGUCUGGAUCUGCUGCGGAGUAGCGUGAACGAGCCUCAAUUUCUAAGCCAUGGCACCAGGAAGGGUGGUAAAGGGUUUGUUGGAAGAUGGAAAAAGAUAUAUCGGAGCAGCAGCUCCGAGUUGAGGGCGUAUAUGCAGACCUAUGGACAUAGGAGCAGCAUCAGCAUGAGUGGCAGCGUUGAAUAUCCAGAACUGGAAAUCAUACCGGGACAUGACGGCAGUCGUGACUCUCGACCUCUUCGAUCAGGCUUGCAAGGAAACCAAGCUGCGACCCGGGAAUUGCAACAUGGUCGUCUUGUAGGCAAGCAGUCUUUCACCGGUACCCGCGGAGACGAGCCAAGGGAAAACACAGGUGCUUGGACGAACAUGUAUCGGGAUUGUGUUGGCAGUCUUUCCGCACUGAAGAGUGACGUCGACCUGCAGCAACUCAAGCACAUCGAUGGGGAGCAUCAGGGCCACGACAAACAAAGCAUUGGCGGAACGCAAAGCGCCGACCUACGGAGCAGCACGGUGGAUUUUGAGGUCCAGCUGGGCCGACAACACGAUUCGGUAAGGGAAGGAUUGAUUCGUAAGAUUGAGGACAUGGGCAGGGAAAGCUCAGAUGGUAUACUGGCGAAGUCGAAACAGGGCAAGCAUGUUAAGCAGGAUUAGUUGGGUCACGACUCACGGGCGUAUGUGGCGAUCGAGAGGCAAAUAGCAGGCAAGAAGUAGUAGUAGUAGUCAAUGAUUAGCACCGUAUCUUAGCAAGGCAGACGAUCAGGACGCAAGUAAGCAGGUGUUGAAUUGUAGUAGGAGUCGAUGAAUAGAAAUGGAAGACGACGAGGCCAGGCAGGAACAGCAACAGGAAUCGCAGACGCACAGGAGGAGGAGGAAGAUUAGGAACUCUAGUACGAAUAGAGAGGAGGAACAGAGCGGAACUACUUUUAUGGACAAACCAUAAUGAAUUUUCUGUCUCGGAAGACUAUUUGCAAGACCAUCUUAUCGGUUACCCACCCGGAGGGGCUCCGACAGAGGAUGGUCUGAGUACUAACUGAGAAAAGCAGAACAAGCCACAUUUGCAAGACCAUCAUACCGGUUACCCACCCGAAGGGGCUCCGACAGAGGAUGGCCUGGAUACUAACUGAGAAAAAGCAAAACAAGGCGAAUCAUAUCGGUUUACCCUCCCGCAGGGGCUCCGACAGAGGAUGGCCGAAAAGUUGAAAGCAGAACAAGACAUAUGAAAAAAG